CUCACGUCACUACCGCACCUGCGCAGCCAUCUUGAGCUCCUAGCAAGCAACGGACACAGAAGGCAGAAAAUAGGAGUAAAUUACGGCAGCCUGACCCGAAGAAACAAGGAUAUGUCCGCUAGUAUCGAGGGUAUAUGAAACGAUAAAGGUCGAAUACAGUGGAACGACCUCGGGACGAUAACGGAGACGGUAAAACAGCCAUCCAAGUGCCUAGGAUACCCGGACCUACAAGUCAUCUUUUUCGCCGGAGUAGGAAGGAAGAUUCGCCGACAGAAAAACACAUCCAGAGAGAAACCAUGAAUCCCGAAUAUGACUAUCUGUUCAAGCUCCUCCUCAUUGGAGACUCUGGAGUAGGAAAGUCCUGUCUCCUGCUGCGUUUUGCGGAUGACACCUACACGGAGAGCUACAUCAGCACCAUCGGUGUGGACUUCAAGAUCCGCACCAUCGAGUUGGAUGGCAAGACCAUCAAACUGCAGAUUUGGGACACUGCAGGUCAGGAGAGGUUUCGUACCAUCACCUCCAGUUACUACCGCGGAGCUCACGGCAUCAUUGUUGUAUAUGAUGUGACGGAUCAGGAGUCCUAUAACAACGUCAAGCAGUGGCUGCAGGAAAUCGACCGCUACGCCAGUGAAAAUGUCAACAAGCUUCUGGUGGGCAACAAGUGUGACCUGACCACUAAGAAAGUAGUGGACUACACAACAGCCAAGGAGUUUGCCGACUCCCUGGCCAUCCCAUUCCUGGAGACCAGCGCCAAGAACGCCACCAACGUAGAGCAGGCCUUCAUGACCAUGGCGGCAGAGAUCAAGAAGCGCAUGGGCCCCGGGGCCACAGCCGGCGGAGACAAGCCCAACCUCAAGAUCGAUAGCACUCCUGUCAGGCAGUCCGGAGGGGGCUGCUGUUAAAGACCCCUCGCUCCACACCCGCCCACCCUGACCAUCACCUCCACCAUUCCCACUGAAAUCUCCCUCUCUUCUCCGUCUGUGUUCCCUCACCCCACCACUCCUCCAUCACACCCCCCUCUAUCCGCCCUUCUGGAGAUCCGGGGGCGGUUGAUCAGAGGAGUAAACUGUAAGAUUGUUAAGAUUAGAAAACAGAUUGAAACAUUUGGGCCCCUACACCCGUCAAACAACGGAGAGAGGAAAGGGAGGGACGCUGAGGCCACUUUUACUUUCUGCCAAGAGGACAGAGAGGAAACAGAAACGGGGGAAGAUUGCUAUUGAUUUAGGAUGAAAGUGAGGCAGUGGAAGAUUAGGUUUAGAUACAAGUGAGCUUAUUGCUACACACACACACACACACACACACACACACACACACACACACACACACAUACUGUAGUGGGGGGGCAGAGGUUAAAAAGAUUUGAGCCUUUUGGCAAAACUCUUUCCUCCUCAGGCUGUGUCUGUCUUUGCUGAUCUCAUCUCUCGCCUCAGCCCUACUUUCAUCCCUGGAAUUAUUUACCUACACACACACACACACACACACACACACACACUGUAGAUGCUCUUUUCCUGAACAGUGACUCAUUGUUUUAAAUGUAUUGAUGGAGAUCCAGGGGAAAGCCUCUCCCUCCUUCGGUCCUCUCCCUGAAGCCACUCUGUUUCUUAAGGUGUGUUCAGACAGGAAGCAAUGAGACUCUUGUGGUUUAUCAUUCACGUGCUCUCCACAACUUGCUGUUCUAAUGCUUGACUCGCCCUUUUUAUGCGCUGUCAGUUGAAAGGAAACAUUUGCCUCUGCCAACUACGAGCUAAGACAGUACUUGGCAAACAGCCAAUCAUAUUGCAGCGGGUCAACAGGCCCAACCACCUACACUUGGCAUCAGAUGUGUGCUAUCCCCUUUGAUUGCCAAAGGCUUUGGACAAGCAUUAUGUAGUUUCCCCACAAACUAUUAUAUCCAACUGCUGUUCUUAAACUGUGGAUUGUUGUUUUCAAUUCUGCAUCAACCAAGGAGUUAUAUUAUUAUUCAUUUCUCUUUAACUCCACUACAACCACACUACCAGCUGGUAGGGCAGCAGGGGACAAACGUCUGAUCCCAGACCCCCCGGGUGAACCUGCAUCUGUUUAUGCCUUUCCAUAGCGUUUGUAUGCAAUCUCGCUAGCAUUAAGAAUGGACCUCGGUUUCUGUCUGAACACACCUUUGAGGGAACUGGAAACAGGUGACUGCAGUAGUCAUGUGAAGAAUGAAAACUCCUCACAUGCAGCUCAUGCUGAAUAAGGCCGUGGUCACACUUUUGCUAAAUUAAUAUUCAACUCACCGUGACUUCCAUUCGACACGAGUGAUGACGAAUCUUUGCUUGGCAUAGAGUUGAACUUUGGUCAAAUCCAUCAGGGGUCUUCAUUAGCUCAUGUGUGACCUUGCCCUAAACUGAUCAUCAUUGUCGGGUUGAAGUUCCAAACAUUGUUGGAUGCAGUCCCACAUGUGCACCACGGAAAAGAGGUCUUUGGAACCCGACAAUGAUUUAAUUUGAAGCAUUCUGAAGUGGCAGAGCAAAAUAAAAUGCACCUUCUAGCGCAGCAAGCUAGGUAGCAUAGUGGCUACUUGUGGGGCUAAUUUGCAAGCCAACCAGUUGCAUUUAGCAAGCCAGCUAGCUUGGUCGCUAACAGCCAGUUAACACAGUUUACUCAAGAGGCCACUCUGUACCAUAGUGUGUAUGGUACCACACGGCUAAUACCAUAGCCUGCUUCUUUUUGGAUCUAUGUUCUCUUAAAAGCCAGAACGUGAUUGGUCAGGGGCACAAAUGUCCUCUGAAAUGAAUUAUUUUGCUACUUUGGCUCGGCUACAUACAGGAGAAAGAUCUAGAUGCAAAGACGGAUCGUACUUGGUUCUGAAGGAAGCAUUAACUGCUCAACACUUGGGGGAGAAGAGGAGUACUGGCAGGUCACUUAAUUCCACAUAUAGACGUCAGAGCUGGGGUGGAGGCGGCUGUGAGAACAGCAGUAUAUAGGCUUCAUUUGACUUUUUUAGUUUUCAUCUCAUACAUUAAAAGCAAGCGACGUGACAACAUGCUGUAACAUUUGGCACGGGGGCUUCCUGGAUACACUAAAUAUUACAGAGCAGAUGCAUAGAGGGGGCGAAGAUUUAACUUAAAUGAAAGCGAUUGGCAACAUUCUGCAUUGAUCUUACAAUUUAUUGUUGUUGUGGUUUUAUUGUUUGUUUUUUAUUUACUCAUCGAUACUUCUGAAGGAGACGUGUACAAUUUGCUUAAAUUCUCAUGCUCAGCGGGUGACGGAUAGCUUUUAGGGUGGCAUUUCAUUUCUUGCUUGUUUGCAGAUGGAGCUGAGGUGGAGAUGUGCUGUGGGUGUGUCUGUUUGCUGGGGGGGGGGGGGGGGGGGCUGCUGUUCCUUCCCUGAGAACGAUCUGUUGUAAUCGUGUCACAUUCGGACAAACGGUUAGCGAUUUCUUAUUUGUCCCUGUGCAUUUUGUGUUUCUGAUCAGAUGCUUUAGUUUGCCAGUUGUGAUUAUUUUUUCACAUUUGAGUCUCUUACAAUCAUUACUCGGUAUACUUUUAAUAAACAAGGCUAUAUGUUCAAGAUCA